AUGGCCCGUGAUUCGAUCUACCUCUAUUCCCCAAGCACAGCACUUGCUGGGGUGGUCGCGGCCAUCUACUUCAUCCCGAUGGUCGUCCUGACCUGGCAAACAUUUUUCAAAUAUCGGUCGUGGUUCUUCCUCUGCGUGCAGAUCGCUGCCGUGCUAGAGGUUGCAGGUUAUAUCGCCAGAGUCGUGUCGACGAAAAAGCAGUCGGAUGUCCCGGCGUAUGCAGUUUCUAGCUCCCUCAUCGUCAUUGCGCCUGUCUUUGUCGCCGCUGGCAACUACCUCCUCAUCGGACGCCUGAUUCGCGCAGUCCUGCCGACCUCCCGACAUCGCAUAUUCCUGAUCCCAGCACGCUUCAUCACGCGCACCUUCGUCAUCCUCGAUAUCCUAGCCUUCAACGUCCAGGUCUCCGGCACCAGUCUGGCCUCGUCUGUGAACUGGGUGGGGGACCUCGCGGAGACUGGAACGAACAUAAUAAUCGGCGGACUCGCGUUGCAGGUUGCCACAUUCUGCUGGUUUCUGUGUAUCGCGAUUCGGUUCUGGUGGUGUGCGAGGAGGGAGAUUGCAGAUGAUGCACCCGCGGGAUGGAUCAAAGUGAUGCAGGCUAUAUGGAUCUCGAGCAGUCUGGUCCUCCUCCGCUCCGUCUAUCGUCUCAUCGAGUUCGGAUUAGGCAUCGAAGGAUACCCAUUCACGCACGAGUGGAUCUUCUACGUCUUCGAGGCGCUACCGAUGCUGCCAGCCAUCGCGGUAUUCUGCUUCGUGCACCCUGCGAAGUACCUUGGGAACAACGGACACAUUGGCAAAGGUACGAGGCUCGACGAAAGCCAGACGGAACUGCGUCAGGAUAUGUCUCGGUCGAAGGCGUGA